UCCACACCGACCAGUGAAAAGACUAGGCUUGUAUUCACUGGAGUUUAGAAGGAUGAGGGAGGAUCUUAUAGAAACAUAUAAAAUUAUAAAAGGACUGGACAAGCUAGAUGCAGGAAAAAUGUUCCCAAUCUUGGGUGAGUCCAGAACCAGGGGCCACAGUCUUAGAAUAAAGGGGAAGUCAUUUAAGACUGAGGUGGGAAAAAACUUUUUCACCCAGAGAGUUGUGAAUUUGUGGAAUUCCCUGCCACAGAGGGCAGUGGAGGCCAAAGCACUGGAUGGAUUUAAGAGAGAGUUAGAUAGAGCUCUAGGGGCUAGUGGAGUCAAGGGAUAUGGGGAGAAGGCAGGCACGGGUUAUUGAUAGGGGAUGAUCAGCCAUGAUCACAAUGAAUGGCGGUGCUGGCUCGAAGGGCCGAAUGGUCUCCUCCUGCACCUAUUUUCUAUGUUUCUCUGAUCGCCCCACACACUAACACUAUCCUACACCCCAAGGACAAUUUACAAUUUUAACCAAAGCCAAUUAACCUACAAACCUGUACGUCUCUGGAGUGUAGGAGGAAGCCGGAGCUCCCGGAGAAAACCCACACGGGUCACGGGAAGAACGUGCAAACUCCGUACCCGUAGUCAGGAUUGAACCUGGGCCUCUGGUUCUGUGAGGCAGCAACUCCACCGUGAGCAGAACUGGUCGUGCACGUCAGUGGCUGAGUGGCAAGUUUCUUUCUUUGACAUCAUUGGAGACACAGGAUGGUUGACGUUUCAAGGGUGGGGACCCUUCUUCAGACUCCAUUUAUUAACCAUAUAGUGACCAUUGUUCUUCUCUCUCGUGCUUCCAGCUGCCCAAUUUCUUCCUGAAGCCUCACGAUUAUGAAAUGUACUCCCGCAACGUGGAAUUCAUCAGUGCGUUCCCUCGCAUCAACAUACGGGGCCGUUACAUCUACCGGCUACUGGUGACGUUGACUCGGUUCAUUGCGUGGAAUUACUGUACCGACCUCCACAUGGAGGUGAUAAAGAUGACACAGCAUCCUGAGGACUGGACGGUCCAGGUUCGCUGGCGGGUGACAGGAAUCCCCCUCCAUGUACUGAUGCUGAAGUUUUACAAGAAGGACAAGACUGAACUAUACAGAACCUAUGAUGCAUAUUCAAUAUUUUACCUGGGGACGGAUGGACUGGUUCACCGACACCGAGUCAGCAAGAUGGUUCCCACGCAGCCGCCCACUGCCAAGGUGAAGCGACUGUUGAUCGGAGCGCUGGUGGCCCUGGGACUGGAGGAACACCGACCGGCCCUCAACCCUCCUCUUCACUCAGUCCGCCGACAAAGGGGGGCAGAAACACUGCUGAGUGCCACCACCCCCACUGGGGUAGGGAAGGUGAAGGGUGCUGUCCCCCCCCCCCCCCCCCCCCCCCCCCCCCCCCCCCCCCUCCAGCUGGUACCGCACCCGGUACCCCGACACCUCGCAAACUCCAGGCUUCCUCCGACGCUCACCACUCCCGGCCCUUCCGUCCACGUGGCAUCUGUACGCCACGUCAGGGGAUCUCGCCGCGAGGCGUGCAAGAGCACGUUAUACAGACAGAUACCGUUGUAUUAUAUUGUGCACUGGUUUACGUUUCUGCCUGGGGUCAGGCAGCAUCUGGGAGAUCGUGGAUGGGCCACGUUACGGUUGGACUCGAGACCAGCCUGAAGGUGGGUCCUGAUGUGAAACGUCACCUAUCCCCUGUCCCCCGGGGAUGCUGCCUGACCCGCUGAGUACCUCCAGCGACAAUAGCGACAAGAUGCUGGAGUAACUCAGCGGGUCAGGCAGCAUCUCCAUCUCGGGACGACAGGAAAAGGUGACGUUUCGGCUCUUCAGUUACUCCAGCGCUUUCUGUGUUUUUUUUGUGUAAUCCAGCUUCUGCAGUUCCUUGUUUCCACCAUAAGCUCCACUGAUGUUUAUGUUCAAAGGACGGCACCUCCACCCGUUCUGCAUUUGCUCAGCACCAGGCUGGAUAAUCUGCCCAUGUAUCACCCCUGGUAUUCCAUGUUCUACUAAUGGUAACUCUAUCCUUGUGUGCCCUGGACUUGGAUGGAUCGGGUAGCUUAGAUACUCUCAACCAGAAACAAGUACUAUACAGGUGCUAUAGUUUCUACCCACACUCCAAACACACGCAGGUUUGUAGGUUCAUUGUAAAUUGCCCCUAGUGUGUGUGUGUGUGUGUAUGUGUAGGAUAGUGUUAAUGUGCAGAGAUCGCUGGUCGGCGCGGACUGGGUGGGCCCGACGGGCCUGUUACUGCGCUGUACCUCUAAACUAAACUAAACUCUAAGGCUGGUGAAAACCAAAGAGACUUGUUGGUUUGUAGGUUAAUUGGCUUCCGUUUAAAAAUAAAUGGUCCUCGUGAGAACACAAAAUGCUGGAGUGACUCAGCGGGACAGGCAGCAUCUCUGGAGAGCAAGAAUGGGCAACGUUUCGGGUCGGGACCCUUCUUCAGAAUGUCCCUAGUGUGUAGGAUAGAUCUAGUGUACGGGUGAUCACUGGACCUGUUUCACAUCCCAGUGUGAUUCCUGUAUUGUGUCCCGAUGUUGGGAUUCCUGUUUCACAUCCCAAUGCCAUUCCUGUAUCGCCCCCCUAUGUGAGGAUUCCUGUUUCACAUCCCAAUGCCAUUCCUGUAUCACCUCCCAAAGCCGCAGUCCUGCAUUGUUGGUGAUAUUCAUGAAUGAUUGCACUGGCCUUCAACACUAGACCUGCUCAGAAGCCCAAAGCUGUCUCUCAUGGUGAAUAAUGCUUCACAGGCUCAAUAUUGACGCGAGGAGGAAAGCUGAAACUCUUGCCACUUCUGCUUGUUUGCCUCUUUUGAGAAGUGCUUUGCGUUCUGCGUGGAUGCAUGUUUCAUUGUGUACAGAUUGUAUAAGCAGCUCCAUAAUUUGACUAUGUACAUAGUUCUAAUAUAUAUAUUUAAAAAAAGCCCUGUGAAUAAAAUCAAUACCAAGCCUC